CAAAAAACUUUGACAGUUUGCUCUGAUCAAAGUUCCAAAAAAAUUUUCUUGGUUUAUCUUCCAGUUUUCCUCAGAAAAUUAUCCAGACAUUUGCUAAAUUAAAUACAUAACUUAACAAUUUCAUCAAUAAAUUUGAACAAUUUAAUUAAAAAACCAUUCACACAAAUAUCUAAUAAAUCAAGUGGUAAGAUUUAAAUCCAAUUACCGCGAGUGUGCUUCUCAAAUUUGUGUGAUGGAAGAAGGCGAUAUCUCACUUUAUGAUUUGCUUGAUGUUAGCAAAAGUGCAACAGAUGCUGAAAUAAAAAAGAAUUACAGAAGACUUGCUAAAGAAUUCCAUCCCGACAAGAAUCCCGAAGCAGGCGACAAGUUCAAAGAAAUUUCAUUUGCUUAUGAAGUUCUAUCUGACCCCGAGAAGCGUCAAAUCUACGACAGAUAUGGCAUUAAGGGAUUGCAAGAAGGCACUGGCAGCAGUGGCAUGGACACAGAAAGUCUCUUUGCCAGAUUCUUCUCCUUUGGCAGCAGCAAUGAUCUCCAGAUAGCAAUGCCAGUUACCUUAGAAGAGCUAUACAAUGGCAAUCCUUCUAAGACAUUAGAAUACACCCGCAUGGAAGUGUGUGCUGAUUGCGAAGGUGCUGGAGGUGAUGCUAGUAAAGAAAAAUCCUGCUCUGAUUGUGGAGGUCUCGGCUACCGGACAACAAUGGGAAUUAUUGUUUCAGGACGCUGUGAUGUAUGCCAUGGACGUGGCAAGUUUCUUGAAGAGGAAUUCCAAUGCAAAACCUGCUCGGGCAAGGGUCUUAUUGAAAACGAUGCGACUAUCAAUGUUGUCAUCGAGAAGGGUAUGCAACAUGCUGAGAAGAUCCCCUUUCGGUCUGAGGGCCAUCAGAAUUUGAAAGGCGAUCGAGGGCACUUGAUUGUUAUUUUGCAACAAGAGCAGCAUGAUCUAUUCCAACGCAAGCUAAAUGACUUACUUAUGUCCAAUGUGCAGAUCUCAUUAGUUCAGGCACUUUGUGGGCUAGAAUACUGCUUCACUCAUUUAGAUGGGAGGCAAAUAGUAUUCAAAACAGAACCUGGUCAAGUCAUAAGACCGAGUGCCAUGAAGGUUAUCAAAGGGGAGGGCAUGCCCAAGCGAAAUAAUCCAUUCGAACGGGGAGAUCUUAUGAUUGCGUUCACGGUGGAAAUGCCACCAGACUAUUUCGCCGAGGAAGAUGUCAUGCAGAAGCUUGAGGAACUCCUUCCUGGACGGAUACCAUUUGAAAUGCCUCCUGGGGAUGAUGUACAAGAGGUGUACCUCGAAGAGGUUCAACCCAACGAAGACUAUGAUGCAACCGAUGAUGAAGCGGGUGCGGCGCAGUGCGCCUUCUCGUAAAUCAGCUUAUUUCUCUCUCUUAUCUGUGGUAUUUAAGAAAAGCGAAUUCGCCGUCGUCAUUAUUAUAAUAUGCAAAAAAAACAAACACACUCACACUUCGACA